ACGACAGGAAAGGAGCGCGAAGAAGUAAAAAAAAAAAAAAAGUGAUUUUGCCAGCUCUGUGCUCGCACGGGCUCAUUAGUGGAGCGCCGGGUGAGUGAUUGGAUGAUUACCUAUUGUAUGAUUGCAAUUAGGAUUAUUAAAGUGAUUAAUUGGCUAUAGGGUGAUUGAGGGGUUGUACUCGGCCCACGGUGGCCGCGGCUGCUGCGGCGUUCAGAGUUCACGGGGAGAGGUCACGGAUUUUUUUCCCCGAGUCACAAUCUGGGGGCUUAAAAACACAGCCGUUCGUGAGGAACACGCAGGGCGGGAUUAAAAGACGGAGCCCUGACAGCCACGAGCAAAACCCAUCCGUAUGAAUAAUAGGCUUUCAGCGAGAAAAAUGACCACGAGCUCUUCUCUGAGACACCCUGCGUUUAAAGGAUCGUCGAGAUGGAGGCGCAUUUCACGAGAUGUAUUUAACCGAGACACCUAAAAGAUAGUGUUGGGGGGGGAAAAAAGAAAAAAAAAAUCAAUCAGCUUUAAUCUUCAGCCCGCAUUUACUUGAUUGAACUGUUAAUUGGCAAUUCUUCUUGUAUUUUUCGAGAUUCUUUUGAGAGGGCGAGAAAGAGGAGGGCAGGGUAUUGCACAUAAAUAUUGCAGUCGCAGGCGCACAGACAGAAUGUAAUAUAACAUGGGUCUCGUUGCCAGCCUCGGGCAGGAGGCACUGUAGGUAGGGGAGGCUGUGCUUUGUGGCAUGUUAUCUAGUGUUUGCUGCUAGGUGGAGCCCGAGUAUACGGCGAGAGCGGCAAUCCACAUCCGAGUUUUGCCUCUCACCUUUCACUGGCUCUCCAAACCCCCUUGGUCUCCAUACAGAAUUACUCCCAGCCAGUGCGCACAAUUGGUUUGUCAUAGUCGCAGAGAAAGAGAGAGUGGGAUCAGUUUUUUUUUUUUUGGGACGCAAACAACUUAAAUUCCUUCCCUUUUACCUCGAGGAGCUUUUCUUGCAACAUUUAACCCCCCCUCUUUUUUAUUAUUAUUCUUUUUUUUAUUUAUACAUAUUUUUUUCUACCCCGUAUUCUUCUGGAUACUCUUUUCCAGUAGCGCUCGCGUUUCCACAGCUUCACCGGGACGUGAUGUAGCGCCCCGCGCAGAAGGACGCCUUGUGCCAUAAAGGGAUGUAAGGGACAGUACAGUGGAUACAACGCGAGGAGGCUGCCGCUUCUUUCUCGCUCUCUCACCCCCCCCCCCCUUCUCUCUCUCAAACACACACGCACACACACGCUCUCGACAUCACCCGGAUUGUGGAGCCCACGGCAGACCAGAUAGAGGCGAUUUUUUUUUUCUUAACGCGGAUAUUGGACGCAGCGGCAGGAGGCAACACUUUGGAUUCGCUGUUCGACCCCGUUUAAGUCCAUUCCCGGCAGCGCGCAAGGACUCUACCCCGCGCCAGAGAGACACUUGACAGAGAAAUUAACACUUUGAAUCUAAAGGAGCCGACCUAUACGUCCAUUGUAUUUUUUUUUUUUUAAUAUUUUUUAUAUUUUUUGCUUUUUUUGUUUUUCCAAAUACGCGGACAGGACAUGCUUUUAUUAUCUGGAAUGUGAUACGCAGGAUUUGUUAGCAGCAGCUCUCCAGAACCACGCUUCCUCUCACGCCAAGAUUUUCAGAAGCCAUCUGGAAUCGGAGCAGCGGGGGCUUCUGGUCUUGCGGGAAGAGCGGCGCAGUGGAGGGAGCGGCGCCGUGAAAGGACGUUUCGGGGCGUUCGCCAGCAAAGGACUGAGCACUGAACUCACCUGGGACCUUCGGCAGCGGGCGGUAAGAGGAGGAGGCCAUGUGGACCGCACGCCUGCUAGUCCUCGCCAGCCUCUUCGCACCAGCCGCACUGGCCUUCAGUCGAGCACCCAUCCCCAUGGCGGUGGUGAGGAGGGAGCUGUCGUGCGAGAGCUACCCCAUCGAGCUGCGCUGCCCGGGCACCGACGUCAUCAUGAUUGAGAGCGCCAACUACGGCCGCACCGACGACAAGAUCUGCGACGCAGACCCGGCGCAGAUGGAGAACACGCGGUGCUACCUGCCAGAUGCAUACAAGAUCAUGUCUCAAAGGUGUAACAACAGGACCCAGUGCGCCGUGGUGGCAGGCCCGGACGUGUUCCCCGACCCGUGCCCGGGGACCUACAAGUACCUGGAAGUCCAGUACGAAUGCGUACCUUACAAAGUGGAACAAAAAGUAUUCCUGUGCCCAGGGCUUCUGCGCAGGGUGUACCAGAGCGAGCACCUUUUCGAGUCGGACCACCAGUCCGGUGCCUGGUGCAAAGACCCUCUCCAAGCCUCUGAUAAGAUCUACUACAUGCCUUGGACACCCUACCGCACGGACACCUUGACCGAAUACUCCUCCAAAGAAGACUUCAUCGCUGGAAGGCCGACAACGACCUACAAGCUCCCUCAUCGCGUCGACGGGACAGGCUUUGUGGUCUACGACGGGGCCCUCUUCUUCAACAAGGAGCGCACGCGCAACAUCGUCAAGUUUGACCUGCGGACUCGUAUCAAGAGCGGCGAAGCCAUCAUAGCGAACGCCAACUACCACGACACGUCUCCGUAUCGCUGGGGGGGGAAGUCUGACAUUGACCUGGCCGUUGACGAAAAUGGCCUGUGGGUGAUUUACGCCACGGAGCAAAACAAUGGGCGGAUUGUCAUCAGCCAGCUCAAUCCCUACACGCUGAGAGUCGAGGGCACCUGGGACACGGCUUACGACAAGCGCUCGGCGUCCAACGCCUUCAUGAUUUGUGGAAUCCUCUAUGUGGUAAAGUCGGUGUACGAGGACGACGACAACGAGGCAACAGGGAACAAGAUUGACUACAUCUAUAACACAGAACUUAGUAAAGACGGGUUUCUGGACAUCCCUUUCCCCAACUCCUACCAGUACAUUGCCGCUGUGGAUUAUAAUCCCAGGGACAAUCUGCUGUACGUUUGGAACAAUUACCACGUGGUCAAGUACUCUCUGGACUUCGGAGCAUUGGACAACCGACUCGAAACUUCCUCCUCCGUGAUGGUGUACAUGGACACCACGACCACAACGAUGAGGACCACCACUCGACAUUCCACCGUCACCAUGACAACUACGACAACCAGGACCACCUCCACCAAGGUGCCUGCCACGACGACUGCGGUCGCUCCGCGGCCACGGACCACGUCGACGUUGGCGGCCCCCGCCCAGACGAUCAUGGGAGGUUUGGAGCCAGAGGACGGCAACCGUACGCCUCCUUCGUCCAAGCUUCCUAACAUCAGGGUGGAGUACUGCAAUCCGCUGGUGAUGAUGGACAUCUCCUGGCCCAAGACCAAGCAGGGCAUGAUAGCUAAGAUGCCAUGUCCACCAGGAAGCAUCGGCGUGGCUUCCUAUACGUGCAUGGGCCCAGAAGGAUACUGGAACCCUCAAGGACCUGACUUUAGCAACUGCACCUCCCCGUGGGUCAACCUCAUCAGCCAGAAGCUCAAAGCUGGAGAGACUGCGGCUGUCAUCGCCCGAGAGCUGGCGGAGCAGACCAAGAGUAAUCUUCAGGCGGGGGACAUCACCUACACGGUGAAGGCCAUGGUUCAGCUGGUGGAUCUGCUCGACGUGCAGCUGAGGAACCUCACGCCAGGUGGCAAAGACAGUGCAGCACGAAGCCUGAACAAGCUGCAGAAGAGAGAGCGCUCGUGUCGGUUUUACGUUCAGGCCAUGGUGGAGACGGUCAACAAUUUGCUGCAGCCGCACGCCCAGGCGGCUUGGAGGGAGCUGAGCACGGCCGAGCAGCUGAGGGCCGCCACCAUGCUGCUGGACACGGUGGAGCAGGGGGCCUUCGUGCUGGCGGACAACCUGCUAAAGACGGACAUCGUGCAGGAGAACACCGAGAACAUCCAGCUGGAGGUAGCGAGGAUGAGCACGGAUGGGAAUUUGCCGGAUCUGAAGUUCCCACAAACCGGAGGACAAGGGAACUCCAUCCACCUCUCUGCUAACACGCUGCGGCAGCACGGGAGAAACGGUGAAAUCCGAAUAGCUUUUGUCCUGUACAAACACAUCGGGAUCUACCUGUCAACGGAGAACGCCAGCAUGAAGCUGGGCAACGAAGCCAUGUCCACCAAUUACUCUGUCAUUGUCAACUCCCCGGUCAUCACUGCUGCCAUCAACAAGGACUCUAACAAAGUCUACCUCUCUGACCCCGUCAUUUUUACCAUCAGACAUCUGCAGCAAUCUGAGGAGAACUUCAACCCCAACUGUUCCUUCUGGAGCUACUCCAAGCGGACCAUGACCGGUUACUGGUCGACGCAGGACUGCCGCUUGCUGGGCACCAACAGGACGCACACCACAUGCUCCUGCACCCACCUGACCAACUUUGCGGUGCUCAUGGCUCACGUGGACGUCAAGAACACCGAUCCCAUUCACGACAUGCUCCUGGAUGUCAUUACAUGGGUCGGCAUCCUCCUGUCUCUGGUCUGCCUCCUCAUCAGCCUCUUCACCUUCUGCUUUUUCCGCGGCCUCCAGAGCGAUCGCAACACCAUCCACAAGAACCUCUGUAUCAGCCUGUUCAUCGCCGAGUCCCUGUUCCUGGUGGGGAUCAACCGGGGCGACCAGCCGAUUGCUUGUGCGGUGUUCGCCGCCCUGCUCCACUUCUUCUUUCUGGCGGCGUUCACGUGGAUGUUCCUGGAGGGCGUGCAGCUCUACAUCAUGCUGGUGGAGGUGUUCGAGAGCGAGCACUCGCGCCGACGCUACUUCUACCUGGUGGGCUACGGAGUGCCCGCGCUGAUCGUGGCCGUCUCGGCGGCGGUGGACUACCGGAGCUACGGCACGGACCGAAUUUGCUGGCUUCGCCUGGACACCUACUUCAUUUGGAGUUUCAUAGGACCAGCAACCUUGAUAAUUAUGCUCAACGUGAUCUUCCUGGGCAUCGCUCUCUAUAAGAUGUUCCACCACACGGCCAUCUUGAAACCGGACUCCGGUUGCCUGGACAACAUCAAGUCGUGGGUGAUUGGGGCCAUCGCCUUGCUGUGCCUGCUGGGCCUGACCUGGGCCUUCGGCCUGAUGUACGUCAAUGAGAGCACGGUGGUCAUGGCCUACCUCUUCACCAUCUUCAACUCCCUUCAGGGGAUGUUCAUCUUCAUCUUCCACUGUGUGCUGCAGAAGAAGGUGCGCAAGGAGUACGGGAAAUGUCUGCGCACCCACUGCUGCAGUGGCAAAAGUGUGGACAGCUCCAUCGGCUCUGGGAAGGGCACCGCCUCCCGCGCUCCAGGACGUUACUCCACAGGGUCACAGAGCCGCAUCCGUCGAAUGUGGAACGACACGGUCCGAAAGCAGUCCGAGUCCUCCUUCAUGACCGGCGACAUCAACAGCUCGGCGUCACUCAACAGAGGGGCUAUGGCUAACCAUCUUAUACCUAAUGCACUCCUACGUCCUCAUGGCACUAACAAUCCCUAUAAUACAUUGCUUGGGGAAUCGGCAGUCUAUAACAACCCUCUGGGCAUGUACAACACACAAGAGCCCUACAGAGAGACAAAGGGAAUCCUGAACAAUGCCCGGGAUACAAGUGUCAUGGAUACUCUACCACUGAAUGGUAACCAUGGCAACAGUUACAGCAUCGCCAGCGCCGAGUACAUGAGUGACUGCGUCCAGAUCAUUGAUCGGGGCUACAACCACAAGGAGACCACCCUGGAAAAGAAGAUCCUGAAAGAGCUCACGUCCAACUACAUCCCCUCCUACCUCAACAACUCCCACGAGCGCUCCAACGAGCAGAACCGGAACCUCAUGAACAAGCUGGUCAACAACGUUAGCAACGGCGGCAAGGACAGCGGCUACGGGAUGGGCCUCGGGGUGGGGAUCGGCAUGAACGUGGCGCUGAGCCUGGACGACCACUCCACCUUCGGCCCGCACCACGACGAGGGCCUCGGCCUGGAGCUGAUACGCGAGGAGUCGAACGCCCCGCUGCUGCCGCAGCGGCCGCCCCCGUCCCUGCCGGCGGUGGACAACCUCCACAACCACCUCCACCAGUCGGCGCCGCCGCCGCCCCUCCCGCUGCCCCACCACCCGUUCUCGUCCGCCACCGCGUCGUCCUCGUCCCGGAGGAGGAUCCCCCAGGAGAACAGCGAGAGCUUCUUCCCCCUGCUCACCAACGAGCACACGGGGGACGAGGGCUCGUCGCCCGGCCACAACCACCAGAGAGACUCGCUCUACACCAGCAUGCCCAUGCUGCCCGGCCUCCCCGACGUGUCCGCGGAGCCCGCCGACGGCUCCAAGGAAGGCGGGGACGCCAAGAGCCAGGACGCCAGCUCGGACGACGUCUAUUACAAAAGCAUGCCGAACCUGGGCUCCCGGAACCACCUCCACCAGCUGCACUCCUACUACCAGCUGGGGCGGGGCAGCAGCGAUGGCUUCAUCGUGCCCCCCAACAGAGAGGAUCUAUCUCCGGAGGAAGCCCACCCGGAGCCUUCGCACCUGGUCACCAGCCUAUAGGCCCAAACACCCAGCCACCCGGUACCCCUCCCAUUCCCACAGCCCCCCCCCCCCCUCUUCCCCCGUGUCCCUUUGUUCCAUCAGUCGUUGGCAGUGGUAGCCUUUCUUUUUAUUCUGUGUCCCGGAGACUGAGGCCGAGCGAACGAACUGCACUCUCGCCCGUUAGCUGACCACGAACAGGAUAAUGACUGCGACGAACGAGGGGGGGGGGGGAGGCUGAUAUGUGACUGUACUCGCUUAGACAUUACAGGAUGUUGAUGUUGUGUCCCUCCCUCCCUUCCUCCCCCGAACCCCGCGCGGUUUGGCGCGUUUUGUCUCAUCGUGAAAAGAGACGAUUGCUCACACAGGAUUUUUAGGUCUCAGAGAUAUAGCCCCGACAGUCGGAAAAGGAACUGCGUUAGCCCCGAAAAGUCUAAACCGUAGACUUCACCCGAAUAAAUGGAGGAGAGGGGAGGGGAGGGGGGAUUUAAAAAGAAAAAAAAAGGACUAUUUUAUUAUACUUCUGUAUCUAUAUUGACUUUUUGAGAAAUUUUCUUCCUCUUUGGUGAGUUGCAGCACAUUUUGUUUGCUGGAGUGUCCCUUCAAUGAAAAAAAAAGAAAAAAAAAGAAACAAAAAAACACACACACACACAUUUUGAACAAUGAACAUAAAGGAAUUAUUGAUCGUAUGCUUUCAAGCAUAGCUGUUCUUGUUUUCCUUUCAUUUUACUGUAAUAACAGUUGUUAAAAGAGGGAGAAAAAAACUAAUAAGAGAAUUAUGAGAUAUUUCUAUGUAACUGUACAGAUAACUAGCAUUGCACAUAAUAGUAUGCUUUUUUUUUUCCUUUGCUUUUUUUUUCGUUCUGAGCAAACACUUUGUCUCUGUAAAAUGUAGUGAUUAGGAGCAAUUUUAGUUCUGUUGUGCUGGCCUCUCUGGGCUCCUGGUACAAGUCUGUUUUUUUUUCUUUUUUUUCUUUUUUGGUUUUCCUCUUUUAUCACGUUCCACGAUCAUCUGGAUAGGAGCAAAAUAACACACACACAAAAAAAAGAAAAAACACCACAAGAACACACGUGUCGUGCAGGCAUAUUUGUGAGACGCGCUCAGCCGUUGUUUUAUUUUCCGGUUUGAUUUCCGUUUCCGUUCCAUUCCCUUUUUUCCUCCGUUUUACUGUGGAGAUGGCGGAUGCUCGGAUCCGCAGAUCGUCAAGGAGACAGGAAUCGGUCCAAGCUAAUCAUGAGCUGUCCCUCGGAGGGGUUUAUAGUGCGUUCUGCAUCUACAUUGGCAUUCGGAAAAACACUUGUGCUUCUCAGAGAGAGAACUUCAACCUUGAUGAGCACUAGGCACUUGUACAAAAAAGAAAAAAAAGAACGAUGGCUGGUUUACUUAUUAAAGAAAGAGCUUUUGGAGUGAGAGAACUGGAAGUGUUUUUCUUUUCCUCCUUUCGAGGAGAAAAUAUAUUUAUUUAUUUGUUGAAUAACCAGUAAUAAAACUGAGGGCGGAAGGACGUUUAGUGGCACAAAUAAGUUUAUAUUAUUGGCUAUGAUUAUGGCUUCUUAUUUAUUCCUUUUUGUAUUGGUUUCCGAGUUGAAUGACCUCAUAACUAAUAUUUGUUGUAACAGUGAAACUUGUUUGCCAACAAAUAAAUUACUGAUUAAGAUUUAUCACAUAGCUACGACAAAAGUUCUGGUGUUUUGUCUGGGUCUUGGAACACUUUUAUAUGGAUUACAGCUAAGGACCUCCAAAUACUGAACGAUCAGUGCUGUUUUUUUUUUCUCUGUUCGUUUGUUUGUUGUUUUUUUUGUUUUUUUUUUUAAUUAUCAGUUUAUAUCCCUCAUUAGCCCCCUAUCCAUCUUAGUGCCAAAUAAAUUUUGGCCCAGCAACAGUGGAUGUGCUCUGUAUGCUCUGGUCUGCUUUACAAUAGAAGCAGUGAUUUCAUAAGCUGUAAUAAAUAUUUCAAUAUCA